AGAUAUAAAAAAUGGUUCAGCGUCUGACAUACCGUCGUAGGUUGUCCUACAACACAGCCUCUAACAAGACCAGGCUGUCCCGGACACCAGGUAACAGGAUUGUUUACCUUUAUACCAAGAAAGUUGGCAAGGCACCGAAGUCUGCAUGUGGUGUGUGUCCAGGAAGACUUCGUGGUGUUCGUGCUGUGCGCCCUAAAGUCCUUAUGAGGUUGUCAAAAACGAAGAAGCAUGUUAGCAGAGCCUAUGGCGGUUCCAUGUGUGCUAAAUGUGUCCGUGACAGAAUCAAACGAGCUUUCCUUAUUGAGGAGCAGAAGAUUGUUGUGAAAGCUUUACCAAUGUUAUGCUGCUGACAAAUCACACAUUGU